AUUUCUCAUUCUAUUCGAAGAGGUGUAACUGUACAACAAGGUGAGUGGCUGUACUUUACCCUAUCAACUGUAUACAAUGCGGCAGAUAAACCAGGGUUAAAAUAGUCGACAUGCCCUCUAAUGCAGUUUUACAUGGUCUACCUAUCGUUGUCUGUGUUAUAGGCAUAUUUCUACUCAUAGUUUCAACAGUAUCAAGUGAACUUUGUGGAGAAUAUUAUGACCUCGAUGGCAAUUACAGACCAACUCUAAAUUGCUCCGACCAUAUUACAGGUCCAUAUUGUUGUGGAGAGCAAUAUAACCGAACUUGCUGCUCCAAUCAGAAGCAGUCCAUAUACUGGCCUCGCAAUAUACUACAGAGUAUUGAACAGUCAUCUAAUGUCAGUGCGACAUUCGUGUUCUUCCUAACAUUCAUCGGCCUUGUUAUGGUAUUCACCAUGUCUAUUACGUGUUGUUGUUUCUACUGUUGUCAAGACGACCUGCCUCGAUAUAGCAUACAAGCUGAUGAAGUAGACGCAGACUCGGAGGAUAAUAAUUUGGAGGCUGGUGGUCUUGAUUGGGACGAUUCUGCGCAUAACUCAAUUAAAUCAUUUGUUGAUGAUGACGGCAAAGAUGAAGACAACUCAGAUAGCUACGAAGAUAAUGAAUAUGCACUUGAAACAGAUCCAUUAAAGAGGCACAAUCGCUCGGAAAUGGUAGACUCACAAUCAGCAAACGAAAAUAAGGAAAUUCAAGAUAAAUGCUGAACCCAAGAGUGAAACUGUAUUAAACUUCCUUUUUUCUAUGCUUACAGUGCUUACAGGAUAUACAAAUAAUCGUCUGUAGCCCUCUAGAACAGUGAACAUUUGAAAUGUUUGUAAAGACUGCACCAGAGUCGAUCCGUAAGAGCGUGCUUAUCAAAAACAUAAGCGUCGAGUUAACAAAUCCUAAGGACGAAUAUAAUCGUCCGUUAACAAGCUAUUAGGUUUACUUUACAAAAUGUAACAUUUAAUAGCCAGUGCAGUGGCGGAUCCAGGAUUUCAAAAUAGUGGGGGCCCGGGGAGGUACUUUCACAGAUGGAUGAUGUAUAGGCCUACCUGGUAAGAACAUUUGUGAUUAUGGCACUUCUAAAUGGCACUUCAAAAUGGCCGGAUAUUGCAAAAUUAGUCUCAGACUUAAAAUUUGAAUAUAAUUUUCUUUAAACCUCCAUUAAAAAAAGCGAACAAUUUAGGGGGGAGGGCUGGGCCGGCUGCCCCUCCCCCUUGAAUCCACCACUGCAGUGACAAUGUGGUUUAUAACGCCUUAAGCAAAAUUGCAGAACAGACGCCAUAAUGCAGGAUACUUGAUAUAAAUAAAACAUUACAUGAAUAAAUUGUAUUAUUGAUAGCUAAUCAA